AUGCUGAUCGAAGCUGUCAGGGCCUGUCGUUCAUGCUCACUGUUUGCAAUUCUGAGUGUGCCGAUCCUCAUUCAAGCAACAGCCACACUAAUCCAAGGUGUUGCCCCUUCGCAGGAUGAAGUGAGUGUGUCGGUCCUCAUUCAAGCAAGGGCUACUGAUCCAAGUCGUUCCCACCGUUCGCAGGAUGCUGAACUCCUCAUAUUGUUGAUAUCUAACCAGCUCUUUCAUAGCUCAAGGGCCAUUGGUGUGAAAUUCACGUCACACUUUGUCGAAAUCUCCAAGAACAAGUCAAAGUGUCCCGAAAUUCUGUUGGCUUGCAGUAAGUUGAAAUGGAAUGGCGCUACUGGGGAUCACAUCGAGCUGAACGCCUUCGAACUGCUUGACCUUGAGGCCCAGGAGGGUUUUGCUGAUGCAGUUGCUGCUGCUGCCGCUUCUGCAUGGGCUAAUUCUGCUGCGCUGGGAGGGGAAACAUAA